CUUUGUCAGCAAUGAAAAAGGAAUGAAAAAGUUAGCCUGCUGUUAGAUUUAAGGAGUAGUGUUGUGACAGAGGCACAGCGGCAAAUAUUUCACAUCUAUCCCAUCAUGUCAAAUGAUAUCAUACUCCUAAGAUAUUUCCAAAAUCAUGGCUUCAACUGAGAUGAAGAUCUUUUUUUCCUGUGUUAUUCUGAUAUGCGCCAACGUGAUAACGGCUACAUUUCCACAGUCGAAGGUUUACGCUCAUAUCGAGGCCAUCAAUAAAGGAAAAGUUUCCUAUCAGGCUGGACAAGUGAUGAAAGACUGGACUUUGGCAAAUGCUUUCAGCCAGCAAUCGGGUGGCAUGAGAUACAGUAAUGGACAACUGACUGUGCCUACCGCUGGACCGUAUUAUAUCUACGCACAACUAUACUUUCACACCAAGGGGAGGGUGGAGAUUCGUAAGAAUAACCAAAGGGUCACUAUGCUUCAACCAGCUGAAGGCACAGGUUACUUACCCCUUUAUACAGGGGGAGUGUUUCUCUUAAGAAGAGGUGACGUCAUAUCGCUACAUUCGAAUCACAACGUCGUGAUUUACAUGUCUUCUGCUCACACUUAUUUUGGGGCGUUUUUGAUUUGACCUUCACGCUAACAUGUAAAAGUCUAGAGAGAAAUUGCACCACGAUUUCAAUAAAGGAUACAGUCAUAUUAAAA